AUGAAGAAACUAGCGGACAAAGGAAAGAUCCAAGUCAUUCCAAUAUUUUACAAGGUGAGAGCACGUGACGUGAGGAGAGUCAGGAGACAGACAGGUGAGUUUGGUGAUAACUUCUGGAACCUCGCGAAAGCUUCUAGUGGAGAUCAGAUCAAGAAAUGGAAGGAAGCACUGGAGUGUAUCUCUGGCAAGAUGGGUUUGUCGUUGAAAGAUGAGAGCUCUGAAGCUGAUCUUGUCAAGGAAAUUGUUAAGGAGGUUGUGAGAGUUGUAGCAGCAGCUAGACUCAAGGAAGUAGAAACCCGUUUUGAGAAAAAAAGGAGAAAUGAUUGCAAUUGCCCAUGUCAGCUUCCCGUUAUCAAGAGGAUCAAAACCGAAAAGUUGUGA